GUUUCUUCACCGCUUCGCUUGAACGUCUCCUUCCUGUCACGGUGAAUUUCGGUGCGCCAGACGGAGUGAGUUCAGAUUGAUGGGGAAACGGGGAGAAAGGGGAGUUGGAGGGAUUCUAGAGUUAGACGGAAUCGCUCUGGAUGCUUCUUUACAGCAGAUCCUUCUCGCUCGGGCGCGGAUUUGAUCCUCAGGAUGCGAAAGUUUAUAUGUAUGUAGUAAUGUGGAAUUUCUUUUUUAAGGCUUUCCCUUUCUUCAACCGCAACUUCGACAUCUCUUCACCCCACCCCCCUAACUCUAUGGAAUACACUAACGUUAAGCCUAGGCCUAACCGGCGGACUGACGUCGGGUUACGCCUAGGUCUACCACUUCUCAUUCAAAAGAAACUCAAUUCUUGACUUACUAAGCCAAUUACGCUCAUAAUGAUAAAUCCAAUGGUGUACGAGAUUUUCGUCGAGGACGUGUAACGUUACGCCAAACGCAGGCUUAUUUGUUCUGCUAUGACAAUUCCAUGAAUAACCAAGCAGCUUUGGCUUUGGGGUUACCUCAAGAGCUGUGUCUACCGCAAUGGCCUCACCACAUGCCACGAGUUGAAGGAAAGCCUACAGCAGGAAGUCCGCUCCAUAUCCCCUGAUAUGCUUCGAGCAGCAGUUUCAUAUGUAGUGUCGCGAUUGGAAAUUAAGAAUAUCUCGAAGGAAAGCACAUCGAACAGCUAUCACGAAAACGUAUGAUAUUCGUGGACCAUAAGUACCAUCUAAUGUGACCAUAAUGUGACCUUAAACUACCACACGACUGUGAACGUUUUAUUCCGCGUGCUCAAGUUCGUCUACGCACAAAUUUCGCAUCGGUUUCCUGUUGGUAGUCAUCUGAACAUCGGAUGUGACUUUUGAAAUGCCAUGUUGAUAGUGUGGGAAAACACAAGGAAAACAACAUGUUCAUCACGAAGCAACAUCUUUCUUUUAUUGAUUCCGAUGAAUUUUAAAGUAAUCAACAUUACUUCGCAACCAAAAUAUAUAUAUAUAUAUGUUUAAAACUUGUUUCAGUAUCUGAAUUUCUCCGCUACAGAAUUUCACCGCGAUAUUUUGCAGCCUUCAUAUCUGUAAUAUAAUUUAGUUUCGCAGUCUCCCUCUUUUUCACCCAAUUAAUAUUUUUUUCUCCUAACUGUGUCAUAAGGGCAUUUAAAUUUCCUUUUCGCGUGUAUUUCACAAUUGUUAACCGUCUGUCGAACGGUCCAUGAACUUCAUGUUUUCCGACUGCAUGGAGUGCAUGCCACCAUGGCAAAUCUCAAAAGGUUGCUAAAUCAGGGAGUGCAAUCACUUCGCACUCAUCAAAUUGCACUCGAACGAAAUCUUGAUUGAGCCGAUGAAUGCGCAUCGAGGCUUUGAUCUCUUCUCCCUUCGCGUAGAAACAUGAUAUAAUAAACGCCUUACCGAGGAGAGUCCUGCAAGAAAGACUGGCGUGAUCCAUCCCGCGCUGUACAAAGACACCGAGGCGAAGUCCAGGGGAAGCGAGCGAUUCCGAUCCUAGAAAAGGCGAAGAGCCAAGACUUCAUCCUUCGAAGUUCCAUCCAUGUUGCCAGAAGGAGUUCCGCUGCAUGCUGUUGCAUGUUGUAUAUUCUGUGCUGUAUGCAAUUUCGUGCAUAAAAGAGGCCAGAUGGAGAGCACCUCCCGCACACGAAUUAUCCACGUCGUACAAAAGCCCGGAUUUCUAUCGGUAUGAAAAGCAUUCAUUCCAAUGUGCAUGUCAUACCGUCAGAAAAAGGCAUCGUAGAUAUACCGAGGCUAACACAGGAAGAAGGAACAUGGCGAUUAGGGUGCUCAAAUAGGUGGUUCCGCCACCUGUUGCGUUACGCUACCUUGUAACGUUCCUUUUUUGAUGGCGGUAUAGCUACUCGAUCGCAUUAUACUUUAGCUCUAGCAUAACUAGCAUAGUUAGUGGAGAUAUGCUCUCGGAGCAUAGAUCCCCUCAAUGCAUGAUGGGUUUAAGCGCAGUGAAGCGGUUCUCGUAAUCAACCCGAUUUCCUUGACAUUGUGAUCGCGAAAAAAUGCCGAUAUAUUCAAGGCUAGCGCGACCUUCACUCGACCCUCCGCAUUUACGUUCCUUCAUUUCUUGGAGAAGUGUCACGUCGUCCUUUCCCACGAGCAUCGUAAAGCGGAAGUUCGCCAACCACGACAACCACGAGGUAUGCGUAUUCUACUCUCAUUAACUGGUCCGCAGCUCAUGGACGAGAAAUACAAGCAUGAAGGGGAGAGGGCGCAGGAGAAAUUCCGCUUUAACCUGGAGAGGAAGGACUGGGUCCUGGAGAAGGAUUGCCCUGAGGAAGGAAUCACCAUCAAGUCUGCAUACGAUAAGGAGACAAAGGAUUAUUUCUUAUAUACAGUGGCUACGAUGGACUUCGAGAGCGAAUGGCUGAACCAAGACUUGCUAGAACACACGCUGGACGUCACUGCUGAAUGGUCCUCAGACUGCAAAGAUUUCACAGUCGUUCAGCGAUGGCCUGCCGACCUGUUCGUCUUGGCGCAUCAGGUGUUCGAGAAGAGAGCGCUGGGAAUCUCCGCGACGCGGGACGUAGUCUACCUCAUGCAAGGGCGCAUUGAAGGUGACAGGCGCUCCUCUGUUAUGUUCAGCACUGAGUGGCCGGGACUGGAGCCGACGAAGAAGAUGGUCAGGGGGACUGUCAAUAAAGGCAGCGGUCUGGUGUUGUUCCCCGAUCCGGAGCGCCGGUCGACCCGGACCCUCAUGCACUGGAUGGCCUCGACGGACAUGAAGAUCCCAUUCCUCCCCAAGGGGAUCCUCGUUCCCGUUUACGCAAUGGCAUGCCGGCAGUACAUCCUCGAUCUGCGGCGAUACCAGGUGACCAGGUGGAUGGAGCACCUCGACGCGCUGCGAGGCUGAUCUCAGGUAAAAAAUGCCGAUGACUUCACUCGAAAUCCGAAGGGCCACUUCGAUCGAAUCCCUUACGUAUAAGGGACAUUCGAUGCCUGACAGGAAAAAUUGAAAGGUAAAAAAUAUAUAUAUUAUUCGGAAUUGUCACGUAUGGUAACGGAAUCAAUACACAUUUGAAGAGAAAAAUAUAAUAAAAAUAUAAUUUACGCCUUCGGCGCUCCAUUACCUUGGAGAGACAUUAAUUAAUUUAUUUCUUGCGAAAUGGCAAACACGUAUUUAAAGUACGUCCCC